AUUGGUCAAUUUCUAAUUACACCCACCGCCCACCCUGCCUGCUUACUUUUCAAGGCCUACAAAUACGAAAACAAUUUUAAAAUUAAAUUAAAAAAAAAAUCCCAAAUUUGUUAAUCAUCCUUGCACCCUUCAAAGUCCACCGUUUCACUUCAAUUCAUAAGAACCCUAGAAUUCGAAUCUCAAAUUCCCCAUCCAAUCGAUGCCUGCAUUGUUUCAGUCCGAUGGCGAUCUUCCCGUACUGCUAAAUUUCAGGUUUUUUCUUAGUUCCGUUUGAAAUGGUCUGUUGGAGCUAUAGCACUGGCAAUGACUUUUUCUUUGGACUCCUGACUCGACAUUCUUCGCAAUGCAAUUAGUAUCAAAUGAUAGUCAUAAGGAAGAUAUUACAGAAUGUGAACCCAUCUUAUGUCAGUCUGACAUUUCACAGAGACCCACAGAAUCUUCAUCCUCAUGUGAAAUUACAGAUGUGCUAGGUGAUUUUCCUGCUACUGAUGAAGAGUCACAAAUUCUUGACGUCAAUGAAAAUUCUAAGUUGGUGAGCCCAGAGCAACCACAGUGCCGUAUUUGCCUUGAUGCUGAAGAAGGGGAAGACUUAAUUGCUCCAUGCCAUUGCAGAGGUACUCAGAAGUAUGUCCAUAGAUCAUGUCUUGAUAACUGGAGGUCAACAAAGGAGGGCUUUGCUUUUGCUCAUUGUACAGAAUGCAGGGCAGUGUUCAUAUUACGAGCGAAUGUCCCUCCCGAUCGCUGGUGGUUGAGAUUGAAAUAGUUCCUUGUUGCUAGAGAUCAUGCAUUCAUUUUCAUCAUCGUGCAACUGAUUGUGGCAUUCUUGGGAGUGAUGGUGUACAAAUUUUAUGGAGAUGAACUAAGGGAGAUGUUUGGUUAUGAGGAGCACCCGUAUGGGUUUUAUACUAUGGCUGUUUUAGCUAUUGUUUUGGUGGGUUUGCUUUAUGGCUUCUUCAUAGCCAUAAUAUGUGGACAGAGAAUCAAUGAACGGCAUUACCAUGUACUUGCCAAACAAGAAUUAACAAAGGAAUAUGUUGUAGAAGACCGAGAAGAUAAUAAGAACGCCCCUGAGCUAGACCCGAGCCAUGUGACAGAGCUAAGAAUGUUGGGCCUUUAUUAGUUGGAAGUCUUCAUUCCCUAAAUGGUCUCGUCUUGUUUCCUUAUGGCUUGUAAUUUUCCAAGUGGAAGAGUGAAACCUCAUUUUCCUGUCAGAUUCUUAAUUAGCCGAUUACCACCUUCUUGACUCCUGCAAGUUUUGCCUACACUAUUUUAUGCUUCCUUAAAUCCAAGCCCAACAGUAUCCCACAUGCUUUCUUCACGGUCCUGCUUUGCUCUGGUUGUGUCUUUCAGAUGCGGAAUUUGGAUUUCUAACUCAGCGAUGGACCUGAAAAACAUUUUCUCCUCACCAGGUACAUGGAACUGAUCAACGAGCAUUGUCUUUGCUGUCAAACGGAACAGCAAUUACACAAGUGGUUUUUUCCAAAAAUUAAUAUACGUGUAUCUUCAUUUACUUGUGAAUUAUUCUUAGUCAUCAGCAUGUAUUUACAAAUAAGUACUUACGAUUUUCAAGCAGAAAACUGAUGUUUAUACUUUUUUCUGCAUUCAUUGUGCGUCUCUUUUUUUCUUUUCCUCUUGUUCAUCCUGGUUGGACAGUGUUGUAAUUCAAUUUCUAGUGUUAUAUAAAAUUCUUCUCUUUGCAC